GGUGUGGUGGGCAGGAAGCGGAAGCGUCAAGCAACCCCUAGCUGCCGUGGAGCACAGCGCGGAGUUCACUUCUCCACACGCCCGCACUGAGAGGCCCACGGACCCAUGGACCCACCCUGUGCCCUAUGGCUCUGGAUGCUGCUGGCCCUGCCUGGGGUCCUGGGCGGCAGUGCCCACGACAGCCAGGGCUCCAGCACUGUCACGGUGGUCCUGCUGCUGCUGCUUCUGCUGCUGCUGGCCAUGGGCCUGGCCCUGGCCUGGCGCCGCCUCAGCCGCGACUCUGGAGGCUACUACCACCCUGCCCGCCUGGGCGCGGCGCUGUGGGGCCGCACCCGCCGCCUGCUCUGGGCCAGCCCACCAGGCCGCUGGCUCCGGGCCCGGGCUGAGCUCAAGUCAACAAAUGAAGACCCAGAGAGGCAGGAGGACGAGCCAGACUCGGAGGAUGACAGCUUUGACCUGGGCCAGAAGGAGGCCGAACCCGGGGAAGAGGAGGAGGAGAGGUGCGGAGAGCAGCCCAGCCCACAGCGAGGCCCGGAGCCCACGCAGGAAGCAGUGGGCGGGGACGUGGAAGGGGGCCCGGGCCUCGGCUCCCAGGGCCCCGAGGGCUCCGCAGGCAGCGCGGAGGCCCUCCUGAGCGACCUGCACGCCUUUGCGGGCAGCGCAGCCUGGGACGACAGCACGAGGGCCACUGGGGGCCAGGGCUUCCAGGCCACUGCCCUGUAGGGGCCAGCCCUGGGGUCACGCCCUUGUCACUGUGUCUCUGCUUCCCCAGCUGCUAUGACUGGACACUGCCUGCCCUGGGCCCCCUUGUCACCCACACCCCCAUGUGGAGAGCCUCAGACUGUCACUCCGCCCCCUAGUUUUGUCCCCAAGGCUGUGCACCCCCACCCCCUCCAGGAAGGCCAUCCACCUGAAAUAAAACCCUUCCAGCCCUGCG